CAGCGCGCGGGCGCUCAGACAGCCUCUCCUCCUGCGGCUCCUGCGCCUCCGGCUCCGGCUCCUGCUCCGGCUCCAGCUCCUGCGCGGGGAGGCCGCCCCCGGAGUCGUGCGCCCGCCCCCAGGCAGCCUCGCGGCGCCGGGUCCCGUCCCGCUGGGCACUCGCAGCGCUGCGCGCCGAGGCCAAAGUUGCCCCGCACGGCCGGCGGGCGAGCUCAGGUUGCAGCGGCCCCCGCGGCGGCGCGCACAGAACUUUGGAGAGGCGAGCGGCAGCCCCAGCAGCGGCAGCGGCUAUGACUCCCUGGCUCGUCGUGCUCCUGGGCAGCUGGAGCCUCGGGUAUUGGGGUGCCGAGGCGUGCACAUGCUCGCCCAGCCACCCCCAGGACGCCUUCUGCAACUCUGACAUCGUGAUCCGGGCCAAGGUGGUGGGGAAGAAGCUGGUGAAGGAGGGACCCUUUGGCACCAUGGUCUACACCAUCAAGCAGAUGAAGAUGUACCGAGGCUUCACCAAGAUGCCGCACGUGCAGUACAUCCACACGGAAGCUUCCGAGAGUCUCUGUGGCCUUAAACUGGAGGUCAACAAGUACCAGUACCUGAUCACAGGCCGUGUCUAUGACGGGAAGAUGUACACAGGGCUGUGCAACUUCGUUGAGAAAUGGGACCAGCUCACCCUCUCCCAGCGCAAGGGGCUCAACUACCGGUACCACCUGGGCUGUAACUGCAAGAUCAAGUCCUGCUACUACCUGCCUUGCUUUGUGACCUCCAAGAAUGAGUGUCUCUGGACCGACAUGCUCUCCAAUUUCGGCUACCCUGGCUACCAGUCCAAACACUACGCGUGCAUCCGGCAGAAGGGUGGUUACUGCAGCUGGUACCGAGGAUGGGCCCCCCCAGACAAAAGCAUCAUCAAUGCCACCGACCCCUGAGUGCCAGACCCUGCCCCACCUCACUUCCCUCCCUUCCCACUGAGCUUCCCUCGGACACUAACUCUUCCCAGAUGAUGACAAUGAAAUUAGUGCCUGUUAUCUUCAAAUUUUAGCACUUGGAACACUUAAAGUCUAUGCUGUCAUAUGGAAUUUAAUUUGAAUGAUCCUCCUGGCCCUAUCCUAGUCCUUCUUUUUGAUUUUGACAUCACCCAUUUCUACCUUGGAAUUUUUGGUGCCAUGCCAGAAAGAAUGAGGACCGUAUGCUCCUCUUCUUCGUGAUGAUAUAAUCUAUAUUUUUUUAGGAAAACAAAAAUCGAAAAACUAUCCCAUUCGGGCAUUGUAACACCGACCCUUCUUUCUUCUUCUCCACCUCACCAUCUCCCAGACCCUUCUCCCUCUGCCCUUCUCGUCCACCCCAGCACAUAAAAGACAUAGACAAGGAAGUUGCUGAAAAGCCGACUGUUCGAGAUCAGUCGAGGGCAGCAAGCAGAUAGACUCAAGGUACGCGGACGAUCUCACACACUGAGGAGAGGCGACUGCACGGCCCGCGCUGACUAUGUCUGUCUGUGUCUUCAUGUUAGGGUGGGGGAGGGUAGGAAGACACUGCAAGAGAGGGUCUGAGAUGACACAGCACACACAGUCCCCCCAGCCCCUGGCGCUGGGGUUGACCAGAUGUUUCUGAGUCUGGAGCAAGUAGCCAGGCUGGAAUCACAGAACUUUUUGUAGUGGGUUAAGAUUAAACCAUCUGCCUGAGGUCGGGAGGCAAUCCGCCUGCCUGGUUCAAACACUCAGGUGAAAGACACGCCAAUGUCUUUCCUCUCCCCACCUCCCGCAGGAUUUCCUCCUGGAAAACUCUUGGGUUAGAUUUGACCAGGAGCUUGCCUUUCUGUAAAUUGGAGAACUAGACAACACCACACACUAUCCACAGAUAUAGCCAAGUAGAUUUGGGUAGAGAAUACUAUUUCCAAAGUAGAGUUUAGCUCACCUAGGGGGAUGUGUUUGUAUACACAUUUGCAUAUACCCACACUGGGACAUAAGCUAAUUUUUUUCUAGGACACAGAAUUCUGUUCAAUGCUGUUAAAUACGCCAAUAGUUUAAUCUCUUCUGUUUUGUUGUUGUUGCUUGUUUGAAGAAAAUCAUGACAUUCCAAGUUGAUUUUUCUUUUUUUCAUUUUAAUUAAAAUUUGAAAUUCUGAACACCCUCAGCAUCCCCCUAACUGGGGUCAUCUGUCCCUCUCCUUUUCUCCUGCUUCAUGUUUGGGGCCUUCGUUGAACUGCCUUGCUGACUUGGCUCAGAUGGGACAUGAGAGUUAGUGUGGGUGAGGGGCCUGGGCACAGGAGGGGAAGCUGCCGUGUCCUGCCCUGGGUAGACGGACACCUUUCCCGGGUUUGGGGACAGUUCGCUCCUCUCCCCUCAGCUCACCCAUGGGUGAAUACCACCUCCUGAGGUCCUCACCUCAUGGAAUUAAAACUGGGGGUACUGGGGAAGCCUGACUGUGCCAUCAGCGGUAGGGUUAUUUUUUGUGUUUUUUGAAAAAUAAAACUAUAAUAUAAAUCCUCCAAUUAAAUAAAAUUAUUUUAAGUUUUAGUGU